AGUUGACUUUGUUGCUAUUAAUGACCUCGGUUGCUAUGUUUCAGGCCACCAGGCUGGUUAUGAUGGCGAGAGUAUUGGAAAUUGCCCAUUUUCUCAGCGUCUUUUUAUGAUUCUCUGGCUAAAAGGUGUUAUAUUUAAUGUGACAACAGUGGAUCUGAAAAGGAAGCCUGCGGACCUGCAGAACCUGGCUCCCGGAACAAACCCUCCUUUUAUGACUUUUGAUGGUGAAGUUAAGACGGAUGUGAAUAAGAUCGAGGAGUUCUUAGAGGAGAAAUUAGCUCCCCCAAAGUAUCCAAAGCUGGGGACUCAACACCCUGAAUCUAACUCUGCAGGAAAUGAUGUGUUUGCCAAAUUCUCAGCAUUUAUAAAAAAUACCAAGAAGGAUGCAAAUGAGAUUUAUGAAAAGAACCUGCUAAAGGCCCUGAAGAAGCUGGACAACUACUUAAAUAGCCCUCUGCCUGAUGAAAUCGAUGCCUAUAGCACCGAGGAAGUCACUGCUUCUGGAAGGAAGUUCUUGGAUGGGGAUGAGCUCACGCUGGCUGACUGCAACCUCUUACCCAAGCUCCACAUUAUUAAGAUCGUGGCCAAGAGAUACAGAGAUUUUGAAUUUCCUUCUGAAAUGACUGGCGUCUGGAGAUACUUGAACAAUGCUUACGCUAGGGAUGAGUUCACAAAUACGUGUCCAGCUGACCAGGAGAUUGAACGUGCAUAUUCGGAUGUUGCAAAAAGAAUGAAGUGAAGGGGAUGGUGGUGGUGGUAGUUUUUCUGUCUUAUUUCUCAGUCGGAUGGGCUAUGAAAAAAAUAUGUUCUUUGGACCUCACCCUCCUUUGCACGCCCUCGCCCCAGAAUAAACAUGCCAUCCCUUGCUUAGUGAUGCCCAUAUUUUAACGGGCCCAUGUGGUAGUGUGAUGCACUCAUCACUUGUAAUUUGUGUAUCAGAAUAAUACCAGUCUCUGGUUGCACACACUAGUUGUCCAGUUUACAUUAAUUUAUAUCUUUUAUGUUCACGGAUCGUCAUCUAUGCUAUCUGGGACGUGUAUUUUGCAGUGUAGGCUUCGAGGUAAAUUAGGUUUGAGUUCAAUUUCUCCUUCAUUUAAAAAAAGAAAAAUUGCCUCCGAUAGUUUCCAUAAUCAUACAUGGCCUGUUUUUCUCCUCUGAAAAUAGUUGUUUAAGUUUCUUCAGAACGAGAGUGCUGUCCUUGUAAUCGCAAAAUGAUACAGGCCUAUUUUAAUAUUUAAAAACAAUGUCAGAGGGGUUAAAAGAAGGAAGAAUUCCACUAGUGGAGCGCAGUGGACUCUCACUGCACUUAGCUAACCCCUGAGGACUUGUGGGUGGCGUAUCCAAAUCCUGAGUCUCUUUCCCACACAUAUUCACACCACACGCGAGUUCCUGCACAGUGGAAUUGUCUAUUUUAAAGGAUGGGGGCGGGAGGGGACCUCUUGGCCUGGCCUUGAAGGUCAUCCAUAGAGGGCCUCAGACCAAAGGUCAGCCUAGCCAGCCAGACAGGAGGCUUGGAGGCUUGCCUUCUGGUUUCGCAGGGAUGGGAACCCUAGGGGGUGCAUGGGCAGGGCCCAGAAGCAUGGGAGGUCCCCCCCCCUUGUUCCCACUGCCUCCAAGAUGCUGCUGCCUCCAGUUCCAGGAAGCCAGGGAGAAAGUGCCCCCCAGGCCUUUCCUUCCAGCUGCCUUUCCCAGGCCUGCUCUCACUCCCUCCCUCUCGGAGACACCGGGUCUUCAGGACACUCUUCCUAGCAGUUGCGAGUGGUGGGGAAUCUCCUCGCUGCGUGGAAGUGCACCUGACUCCUUCUCACAGCUGCUCCCUCUCUCUCCAGCAUGGCUCUUCAGCCACAGUGUGGUGUGAGGCCGGCCCAGCUCUGUGCCCUUCCCCUGCAUCAUCCCACAGCAGCUCUGGCUGGGAAG